UCGACUCUCGAAAACUAAUUCUAUGGAUUGUGUUUUCUACAGUGUGGAAUUUGUCUCCUGCAUCUCAAACUGAAUUUCUUCAGCGUUUUCACUUCACAUGAUUCUUUAAAUCUGCGGGGAAAAUCUGAAGUUCAUAAUGAGAAGUAUGUGUUAUAUUCUCAAAAAGAUGUCAUAAACAAAUUACCAUAAACAACCAGUAGCUGGCUCGAAUAAUAUUCAAUUAAAGAUACCACACUAUAAAUCAAAAGCCAGCGAUGUGUGCAAACAUGUAUGGUAACCUGACGUGUUACGAGGACGCAUGGUCCAGAUACGUACAAGCUGUGUUCAUCAGCGUGAACACAUUCCUCAUGAUUUUCGGGAAUAUAAUCGCUCUACUUAUCGUGUACAGAUCAAAAGCUCUACACGACUCAGCAUUCUGUUUCCUGAUGAACCUUGCUUUGUGUGAUCUGCUCUUAGGCGUGGUCAGUCAACCUCCUUCCCUUUACUACGCUAUUACGUGUCACUGGCCAGGUGGGCAGGAUAGCAUCUACUGUCAGUUUGUUGGAUUCUCGAUAUGUCUACUGUGCUCUGUGUCUCUGAUAUCACUGGGAUUGGUGAGUUACGAGAGGUAUAGCUACACGGUUCAUCCCUUCAACCACGUCACUAAGUUUACAUUUCAGCGAUCACUAUACGUAUGUGGUGUUGUUUGGGUGUACUGCGUCGUCGCAUCGCUGUUUCCUGUGGUUGGUCUAUGGAAAGGGGUAGGUUUACAACCUUACAAUGCUCUGUGUAAUAUCCAAUGGGAAGUCGAACCUCUAUACUUCAUCGGUAUGAUACUGGGCGUGUUGCUUCCAUCAGGAGCCCUCAUUACAUUCUCAUAUUUUCAAAUUAUGAAAGUGGCGCGAAAAGCCCGUAAGAUUGACGCAGUUCGACACGUGGUGACCGUGAGUGCAGUGUCACGGGGUGACUGCAGCAUUCAACCGGCUGAGGAAAGCGCGCCAAUAAGCACCACCACGCAGACAACAAAACGACAUUUGAAGAAACUAACCAACUUAAAGAAGAGUAUGAGAACCAGCAAAUGUACUAUAACAGUUGCUCUACUCGUUGGCACCUUCGCUGUGUGUUGGACUCCCUAUGUCAUCGUUAGUGCAGUUCAAGCAUUGCGAUGUGCCCCCAAUAACUUUUGGGUCACUGCGUUUGCGCAGUGGAUGUGUAUGUUCAACAGCGCAUGUAACCCCUUGAUUUACGGGAUCACGAAUAAGACGUUCAGGGAGGGGCUUGUAAAGAUGUUCCGUGGGUUCAGAUGCUGGGAUAGGGGAUUCUGACAAUCGUUAUAAAACUCCAGAUGAGUUGGUAAAAAAAGUAUCCCACUGAUUUCAUGAAACUUUACGCAACUUGUCAAGUCCAAUUGGCACUUGGGAGUGAGCGACAUGUAUUGCUCUGUGUGCAUUAGGCCUAUGGCAGGAAAUCUUUCGCGAGAAAAUUUUGUAUGCAGUUGCGUACGGUUUCGUAAAAACAGCGGCUGCCCACUGUGAAGAUAAAGCAACCGUUCAGAGUAAAAACAGCGGCUGCCCACUGUAAAGAUAAAGCAACCGUUCAGAGUAAAAACAGCGGCUGCCCACUGUGAAGAUAAAGCAACCGUUCAGAGUAAAAACAGCGGCUGCCCACUGUGAAGAUAAAGCAACCGUUCAGAGU